CAAAUUACUCACGUUUCUGACCUGCGGGGAACUCAGAUUACUGAAAUUUAAACCCAAAAAAACCAAAGAAAACAAAAAGAAAAAAAAAUUAAACUAAAAACUGACAGCCCAAAAUUAGAAUACUGUCCAGUCUUCGAAGGCCGAAGUCGAAGAGGAAGACGACCUUCCGAAACGGUAGUGGCCAUUUACAGCAAAGGAAAAUAUAGCCGGAAAUCAUGAAGGACGAAGCAAUUAGCUCAUCUAGAGACCCUCUUUUACCUCGUAUAUCUUCAACCUCCCCUCCACCUACUCCUACUCCUGCUGCCAGUUCUGCUGGAGCAUCAUCCCCUGCUCUUCCUGCUAAUGUUGGGAGCACAGACUGGUUGGGCCUAGGGCAAGGAUCCAAAGGAGGUUCUCUUUCUCGAAUUGGAUCACAGCCCUUGUGUUCGCUUAGCACUAGUGCAGGUGGUUCUGCACUUGGAACAUCACAACCUUCAUGUAGGCCUUGGGAAAGGGGUGAUCUACUUCGGCGACUUUCAACUUUCAGACCUGAAAAUUGGUUUGGGAAGCCCAAGGCUGCAAAUUCGCUUGCUUGUGCUCGAAGAGGCUGGGUAAACACAAGUGUUGAUAAGAUUGAAUGCGAGUCUUGUGGUGCCUUUUUGAACUUCACUUCCUCAGCUUCCUGGACUCCAUCUGAAGCUGAUAGUGCCGGGGAAGAUUUUUCUAAUAAACUCGAUGAAGCACAUAAGGCGAACUGCCCCUGGAAAGGCAACAGUUGUGCUGAAAGUUUGGUGCAGUUCCCUCCCACCCCUCCUUCUGCUCUGAUUGGUGGUUUUAAGGACCGAUGUGAUGGCUUGCUCCAGUUCCCUUCUCUUCCUCUUAUUGCUACAUCGGCUAUUGAGCAGAUGCGUGCUUCUAGGAGUUCUGAAAUUGACCGCUUUUUAUCUCAGACAGAUAUUAUUGUGGGUGGUGAAUCUGGCUUUAGGCCGGACUUUACAUCAGGAACUGAAAAUGCCCGAGAUGAUGUCUUUCUUACGUACUCUAAUGCCCAAAAGUUGAUUAGUCUAUGUGGAUGGGAGCCAAGGUGGCUUCCAAAUGUUCAAGACUGUGAGGAGCAUUCUGCUCAAUCUGCUAGGAAUGGCUACUCUGUUGGGCCAACCAAUAAUUUUUGUCCUCCACGAGAUACUGGCCGUGGCAAGAAUGCAAUGUCUACAUCAACAAAAAAGAAAUUGGUUAAAAGUGGCGUACAUGGUCCUAAUUAUAAAGGUGAAUCUAGGUCACCCUUGUUAGACUGUAGCUUGUGUGGAGCUACGGUAAGAAUCUGGGAAUUUGUCCCUGUUGCUCGUCCGGCUUGCUUUGCUCCCAAUAGUAUUGAUCUUCCAGAAACAAGUAAGAAGCUGCAAUUGACACGUGGAGUAAGUGCUGCUAGUGGAAUAAGUGGGUGGAUUGCUACUGAUGGCUUGAUUAAGCAGCAGAUAGAGGACCAGGAAGAAGCUGCCACAACAGAUGGAGGGAAAUCCUUGUCAAACAUUGGGGUGGACCUUAACCUUUCUGUAGGUGGUGGCUUGUUUUCGUCACAGGCCGGCAUGAAUCUAGCAGUUGAACAAUACCAGGAUGUGAAUAGAGGAAGGGAUCUUAGGAUUGGACAACCUUCUAGUAGUGAGGUUGGCGAUCGUGCUGCUUCAUAUGAAUCCCGAGGCCCUAGUCCUCGCAAGCGAAACUUAGAUGAACGAGGAAGCACUGUUGACAGACCACAAUUAGUGAUGCAACAGGCAGACAGUGUUGAAGGAACUGUUAUUGAUCGAGAUGGUGAUGAAGUUGAUGGCAAUGAGUACUUGGCUGGUCCUUCAAAACGUGCUCGGAGUUCAGAUAUUUUUGAAACGCAGCAUUCAUCAUACAGAGGGGAUUCAUCUGGUGCUGGCCCGAGCCAGAUAUUUGGCUUUGAGAUAGGAGCAGAUGCUCCAAGAGAUGAUCCUUUCAACCAGGGACAGGAACAAGUAUUUGGCGUCCCUUCUACUAGAGAUUCAACUCGUGUUUCCUCAGUCAUUGCAAUGGACACUAUUUGCCACAGUCCUGACAAUGACUCGAUGGAAAGUGUUGAAAAUUACCCUGUAGAUGUUGAUGAUGUCAAUUUCCCUUCAACAUCGUUGGGAUUAAGAUACAGAGAUCCAAAUGAAACAUCAGAACUAAACUAUAGUAAUCAAGCACAGCAGAGUACCUGCCCCGGUGUUAUUAGGAAUGCUGGUGAAAUGGGAGUGAGUAGUACUAAUGAUGAGGAAGUGGUGAAUGCUGAUACUGCCACUGCUCAAGGAAGAGAUGGCCCUAGCUUUGGAAUUAGUGGAGGAAGUGUGGGAAUGGGUGCUAGUCAUGAAGCUGAAAUUCAUGGAACUGACGCUUCUGUCCACAGAGCAGAUAGCGUUGUGGGUGAUGUGGAACCAGUAGCUGAAAUCACUGAAAAUCAUGGCUUGACUAGUGAAUUUGUCCCCGAUCCAGGACUCAUGGGUGACUUUGUGCCCGAAGAAAUGGACCGUGAAGAUGCUCAGGGCGAUAGUCAAGAUCUGAUGUCUGGCUCUGUAGGAAGGGCAGAUAGUGGCUCAAAAAUUAUCGGUUCAGCUAAAGCAGAGUCAUUUGAAAGUGGCGAAAAGACCAGUAACAUGCACUCAGACCCUCAUGAAACUAGCAUGCAUCCUUCUCUAUCUUGCAAUGCUAUCGUAUAUUCUGGGUGUGAUGUAUCCAAAGAAGAAGUUACUCAAGCUGGGAAAGAAUUGCCUUCUGAUGACUGCGGAUUUGGAGAAUCAGGAUAUAUGGUUGCGAAUGGUGGAGGUAAAGUUUUUAUUCCCCGCUGUUUCUGUGUGGAGAUUUAGUGGUGGAAACAUCUUAUUGUGCUACAUUUCCUCCUAAGCUUUAAGGGUGCGUGCGUCCCAGAUAUUGAACAUUUAGGUAGCAUUUUUUAUCGUUGCUUCUGAAAGAAGAUGUUGGACUAAGAAUUUGUAUUUACUUUAAACAUGUGUGUAUGGUUCCAUGAUGGUUAGUAGACAGACAUUCUUGUUGCAUCCUGCCCUUUUAAUCGGACGAAGAGGAUUCGUUGGAGCAAGAUUGGAAGUUUUUUUUUUUUCCCCUUUACUUUUCUCCUUUUGCAAAUUUUCCCUUUUUUAUAGUUGGCUUGUUGGAAAAGGAGGAAUUCAUACAAUUCUACAGUUCCAAAGGAAGUCAUGUCAUACAUAUUAUUCUUGUCAUGAGCUUUCUUCCUGUGCAAUAAGUUGUGAUUGCCUCUUUAUUUUCCAUUUGGUGGCUUACCAAGAGUGAAAUGUACUUCAGGUCCUCCUAUUGGCGAAAGCAACUAUGAAGAUACUAGUGAGUUCAAUCCAAUUAAGCAUCACAAUCAUUUCUGUCCGUGGGUUAAUGGGAAUGUAGCUGCAGCAGGCAGCAGCAGCAGCAGUGGUUCUAGUUCAAGUGCUGGUGCUCUUGCAUUAUGUGGUUGGCAGCUGACUUUAGAUGCUCUGGAUGCCAUCCAAUCACUUGGACAUGUUCCUAGUCAAAACGUGGAAUCUGAAUCAGCUGCUUCCCUUUACAAGGUAGGUUUGUUGAAUUUUAAGCACCUCCUCACUUUGCUUGAGAUGAGUAUUUUGACAUAUGCAACAUUGGCUGUAAAGUUUAUGAACUUUUAAAACACAGCACCUUUUCUUGUCCCUUCAACUUGCAUGUAACUGCAGACCAACGUUUAUUGUGAGGGUGCUAUAGAACUUUUAGAAGGUUUAAUUACUGCUCUGUUGUGAUGCUAAAGACGACCUUUUAACUAAUGACACCCUUUUCUUUGACCUGUGACUCGUUAAAAUAGUUAAUGUACUUAUGACCACUAUCUUGCUUUUUUGUAUUUCAUUUUUAAAAAGAAAACCUUCUGUCUAGAUUAAAGAUAGGUUUAUGAGUUUCAAUUGUAUAACAUGAUUUUUAUCUGGGGCCCUGGAGCAUUGCAUGUGAAUGUUUCUUUGAAUUAACUUAGAGCUGUGUAUGACAAUGUCCGACCUUAAAUCUACUUAAGUGAUAUCUUUAUUCAAUGAACUUCAAUCACUAUAUGACAUGCACUUUUCACAGGAUGAUCACCUUGCACCAAAUCGGAAGCUUCUGGCAGGGCCCUCGUUAAGCAAAAGUCAGGGUCAAAGCUGAAAGAGCAUUUCUGGUUUCAUGUGAUUACUAUUCGGUAAUGUACUCAAUGUUUAAGGCAUUGUUCCCAAGAGAUUACCUACUGCUUAUAUAUCGUACUUGGUCACAAAACAUAGCCACCCUCACCUGCAUGAUAUCUGCAAUCCCAUCUUUAUUAUCACCGAGUUGUGUGUAAAAAAGGAGACUUCACAUGAUGUGUAGGUAUUUUAGUCACUAGAGCUAAGCACUUGAAAUUCUUUUUAGGAUGAUUAGUCACACCAGAAAGUUGGAUCUUCAUCGUGUUGUAGGGAGGCUGUCCAUUUCCACUUUUUUUUCAAUUUUUUUUUUCCCGGUUAACAAAAUGUAUGAGCCUUAACAAACAUACAAGUAUGUCCAUUUCUGUAUUAUGCUUGCUUUUUCCCCCUCCCCCAUAGGAUACCAUUGGAAGAGUGAAGCAGAGAUCUUUUAUUGCACAUAGCUUUCCGGAAAGCCCAUUACUGCAUAGAAACUAGAGUGGAACUUUCACUUGCUGUAGCACUCUGCUUAGGGUAUAUAUGAAAGGAGAAUAAUUGUGCUAGAGGUUUUACUUGCAGUUAGGGUUGCGGCCAGUUGUAGUCGCUGAAUUCCCAGGUCAUGCCAUCUCCUGCAGAUGAAAUUAGAAAAGUUAUGUUGCUCCGGUCUGGCUGCUUCGCCUUCAACCUAAUUGUGUGGGGUAUCCCGUGAACUCCAAGGAAUGAUGCUUCAAAAUCCUCCAAUUUCCUUGGUUGCAGCUGGAGAAUGAAGCUUGUAGACUGUAGUUAUAUAUUUAGCUGGUAAAUUGGCAAUACUGAAACCUUUCUUUCAAAGGGGCAACAACAGGUUGUUGAGAUGAUUUUCGCCACAGACUCUUUUAGAUAAAUAAACGAAACUGCUGAGUAAAUUGGAGCCUUAGCUCUUUGUCUUCGCGGAUGUGUAGGCCUUUUUAUAGUAUUGAUUUAUCUUGUAUCUUCCUUGCAACUAACAACGUUUGAAAAAAUUCAGCUCCCUUGCUUCUUUUCGUUAUAUUUUGUUGUUUUUUCUAAUAUAUAAUUAUUAUUAUAAUUUUACAUAUUUUUAUUCAUGUUUUGGAAGAAACCCCAGUUUUCUCAAAU